AUGACGGGCGCACUCUUCGGCGACUCCACCAGCCUGCACGUCAACAUCCCCGGUGGCAGUGGCCAGCCGGCGCCGGCCUCCCGGUCUCCCGAAGCACCGAGAAUAAGAACGUCCGAUCUGCCCGAUGUCGACGACUUUGCUCCGGACGACGACGUGCGCAUGGCCGACGCAUCCCAAGAAUUCGAGGAGCUCCCGCCGGCAGGCCUUUUCGACCAUGUGCAGGCCUUCCCGGGCGACGGCCUUCCUGUGCCGGAUCGCCCGCUCAUAGCGCCACUCGUGCCUAUGCUUACCCUCCGCGAGGAGUAUGAGAAUGGGUCACAGGGCUUU